AUGUAUAAAGGAUAUAUUGAAAUGAUGUUCAAAGAAUUUAAAGUUAAGGCAAUUUAUUUGCCAUAUAAAUUUUAAAAGAAUGGAGGUGAAGGGAAUAUCAUUUUAGAUAUUGAUUUAAUAAAAGAGGUAAGAAGAUGAUAUUUAAAAAAAGUUAAACUAAUUCAUAAAGUAGAAUAUGAACUAGAAUAAUGAACAUUUGAUCCAAUAAUUUAUAAGAAUGUUUUCAGUUUAAUUAAUGCUUCCUAUACAUGUAGUUGAAGAUUUAUUAAGUAAACCAUAAGAGAUUCCUGAAUAGUAGUUUGAAGAUUAUAUAGAUGAUUCAAUAAACAAAUAAUCAAUAAAUAGGAUAAAAGAAUAGACUUAUAUAGAUGAAAUGAAAUUGAUAACAUAAAUGUAAUUAUCAAGUGAUCAGAAACCUGUAGAAUAAGUAUUUGUAGAUGAAAUAAAAGAUGCAAAAUUACGAAUCACUAUAAGAGCAAAAUUAAUCAAUAAACCUAUAAUAGAGAAAGAAUAAUUAUCAAUUAUAGCAGAUUAUAUUCUUUAAUUUAGAGAUGAAAGUGGAAUGUUCUAAGUUAAUUUUGCAAAAAAUAGAAUUAAAGAGAAGUUUUAAUAUUAUUAUGAAAAUCUUGAAGUUUAAAAUAUUUAUGAUAUUAGUGAAAUGGAAGUAAUUUAAUUUAAAUAAGGUUAUGUGACUCAAGAAACAUAAUUUAAAUUAUAUAAUAAAGUUCCUAUUUUAGACUAAUUAAAAAAUGCAUUAAAAAAUAUUUAGAAAAAUGGAGAAGAAAUAGUUGUAGCAGCUAUGGUAGCAGAAAUAGGUGAAUUAAAAUAGUAAAAUAAAAAAUUGAUCUUAUAUACUUUACCAAUUGAUAAUAAUACAGAUUUUUAUAAAAUACCAUUAAUUUUAUGGGAUUAAUAUAAAUUAUUAAAUUUUAAAAUAGGAGAGGUUUAUGUUUUUGAAGGUGUUUAAUUAAAAAUGUACAAUAAUUAUAUAGUAUUAAAAUCCUUGAAAACUAGAUUUACGGUAUAUAGUGAAGUUGAUGAUAAAUACAGAGAAAUCAUAUAGUAAAUAAUAGAUUUAAAAUAAAAUUGGCUUGGAAAUACAACUCAAAUGAUAUAAAUAGAAUAAGUUAUUCAAACACCAGUAUUUAUCAAUGAUAUUCAUAAACCUAUUAAUUGUGAAUGUUUCAAUACUAUUGUUAAAAUAUUGAAGGAUAAACCAGUCAUUUUCUAAAUGAAAAUACAAAAAUAUGUUAGACAAAUAGUUGUUACAAAUGAUAAUUAGAAUAGUCAAAUAAUUGAACUAAUAGGUGAUAGAUUAUGUUCAAAAGUUUAUAUUGCAGAAGAAGCAAUUAUCUUUAUAAGUUAUUUACAAUUUGUUAAUAAUAAAAUUGUUUCAAAUGAACAUCAUACACAAAUCAGAAAUGUAUCAGAUGAUGAUAUUGAUUUUGUUGAGUAAUUUCAAUUAUUAAUAUAACCCUUUUCUAAUCCAUUGAUAUUAUCUCAAAAUGAUUUGGAAUAAAAUAAUUAAAGUAAUUUAUAGAAAAAAAAAUAAAUAUAAAUCAAAAUCUAUUAGAAAAAUUUAGAAUAAUAGAAAUCAAAUUAAAAUGAAAGUUUUAAGAAAGGUUUAGAUAGAAAUGAAUUUAUGAAUGAUAUUACACCUUUAUUAGAAGGUAAAACACGUAAAGGUAGAUUUAAUGUAUUGGUAUAAAUAGAUGAAUUAUUUGAAAUCAGACAUUAAAAAGGAAAUGUUAAACUACAAGAUUUAAGAAUAUCUGAUGAAUCAGAUUCUGGAAAAUUAACUUUAUGGAACAAUUAAAUAACAGAUUAUAAAAUUGGUUAAACAAUUAAAAUUGAUUAAAUAUUUUAUGAUAAUAGUAAACUAGAAUUCAAAACAACAUUUCAUACAAAAAUAUCUACUAAUUUUCCAAGUAAAAAUCUACAAAAUAAAUAAUAAAGAUCAAACUAAAAAUAAUUAAUUAUUGAUGGUAUUGAAUAUUAAAAUUUUACUUACAAUUAAGAAUUAAAAUUAAUCUAUGAUAUAAUCAAGCUUUAAUAAAAUUUAUAAGAAGAAUUACCAUAUUAAUAUUGUAGAGCAAUGAUAACAGAAAUAUUAGUUGCAAGAUUAUCUUAAUAAUGUCCUUAAUGCACUUUUACUAAAUUAAUAUAAAUGAAUGAUUUAUAUGAAUGUUCUGGUUAAAAUGGAAUAAAACAUAUAGUCACAUUGCCAAAAAUAUUUUGUUACCUUAAAUGUAAAUUAACAGAUUUUAGUGCCUCUAUAGAAGUUAUUUUUGGAGAUGAAAUAUGUUAGUAAUAUAUUCCUUAAAACAUUAUGAAUGAAUUAUAUAAAAAUCAAAUGACAGUAAUACCAUAUUUUGAUUGUUUAAUGUACAAAGAAUUCACUUUUAAAUUAUGGCUCUAAAAAUAAAGAGAUUAAGAAAAUAAAAAAAUUAAGAUAAUGAAAUUAUUUUAAACAAAUUACUUAAAAAUUAUAGAUUCAUAUUUGUGA